GUGUGUGAAUUUGGUCUUAAUUUAAUUUUAAUUUUUGCUCUCUCGUCUGAACCCAGUCAGUCUUAUUAAAAUGGCCGGCAGAGCUCAUAUCCCCAAUAAGAGUUCAGCCCUCAUUGCCAUGAUUGCUGAUGAGGACACUGUAACUGGAUUUUUGCUGGCUGGAGUGGGCAACGUUGACUUGCGAAGAAAGACGAAUUAUCUCAUUGUUGAUUCAAAAACAACAGUGAAACAAAUUGAAGAUGCAUUCAAAGACUUUACGACAAAGGAUGACAUUGCAAUUGUCUUGAUCAGCCAAUAUGUUGCAAAUAUGAUAAGGUUUCUAGUCGAUAGCUACAAUAAGCCGGUUCCAGCUAUUUUGGAAAUCCCUUCCAAGGAUCAUCCUUAUGACCCUGCACACGACUCGGUUCUUUCACGAGUGAAGUACCUCUUCAACACCGAAUCUGUGGCAUCAGGAAGGCGGUGAUCAUCAAGUUUUUCGAUAUGUUUUACCCGAGAGGUUGCGGAAAAUAAGUGUUGCUUUCGAUAUCAUGUAUGUUUCUGCCAUUUUGUUCACACCAAGUUCUGUGCUCCUCACUGACUGUUGGUUGGUAUGUCUUUGUAUUUAGAUUCCUUUGGUGCCUAAAACCUUAUCUAUAAAAUACCAAUUCAAGUU